ACUUUUGGAUUCUUUAUCAAUAAUUUUCAAGAAACCAAAUUUUUCCAUCUUACUCAUUUUUUUUGUAAUUGCGACGUUGUGGUUAGUUUUGGUUGUGAUGUGUUUCAAAAAUAAUUCUAUCCUUAUGUAAAUGAUCUUGAAAGUUACCUUGAAUGAUUGCCUUUCGAAGGAUUACUCGUAAAUCGUAUUCCAGUGAUUUCGUAUUUUCUCUACUGUACUGACUGAUGCUGAAAUGAAGAAGAAACAUUUGCAGUAUUCGAUAAUAUUAUUAUCGUUUCUAUUCAUCUCUUCGUAUUAUUGCACCGAUUUGACAGGAUUAGCUUUUGGAACCAAACGCGUAGGUUUACCUGCAGCAUUUGGAGAUUUCAAUUCGGACGAACUCACUGAUCUGUUUGUCAUUCGUAAAAAUGAAAAAGGAUCUUCGGUAGAAAUCCUGUUAGGGUCGACAAAGGAACCGUAUUUCAAUUCUGUUGGAUUGGUAUGCAAUUAUUCACAACGUGUUGUCAGUGUUGUUCCAGGCGAUUUCGAUGGCGAUGCCCUUAUGGAUAUGCUGGUGAUUGCUACGCCAAUUCCUCCAAACGGCUUUCUAAAUAAUGGCUAUAUUGCAUGGGGAAACGUAACCUCAUUAGAAUGUAUCGAUGAACCAUUAUUUCAAAUAAUGGAUGAACCUCUGGCCAUCGAUUUUUCCAAAAAUAUGAAGGCUGAUUUGUUUGGAGUGAAUAAAACUGGAAGCCGAGUUCUCUGGUUAUUCAACAGCUCCAGAGUUAGUCCUCAAGAAAUACCUUUGAAAUUACCGAGUACUGCUUUGUGCGAAUUAAGAACUCCUCAUUCACACGCAUUUUUGGACCUUAACGGAGAUAAUUGGCCUGAUCUGUACUUGACCAGUAAAUGUGGAUUUGAGGUAUGGCUUUGGGACAACGAUGCAUCAACUUUCAAUUAUAAUAAUACUAUUAAAUCAGUCCCAGUUGAUUCUAGUGUAGUUGGACAAACUUUAUUUAUGGAUUUGGAAACAGCUGAUGAGUUGAAUCAAAUUGUUCCUGUUACUAAUGGACGCAACAGUAGCUUACUUGUGUAUCUAGAUGGUGAAUGGCACGAUUUAAAUGUAAACUUCAAGGGUCCGAAAAAUCAGUGGGCUUUCCUUCUCCCUGGAAUGGGAGCGUUCCCGGAUACAUUAACAUUACAUGCAGGUGAUUUCAACAACGAUGGGUUUGUUGAUAUAUUGGCUACAUUAGCUCAAGCUGUAAAUAUGGAUCAACGUGGAGUAUUUCUGUUCGAAAAUGUCCCUUGUUCCAAAAAUUGCAAAAUUAGUCGAACAUUCGAGAUACAAUGGAAUGCGCUCGAACCUUUCGGCACUAACAGUGUGAUGGGUAUUUUUUAUGACUUCAUGCAAGAUGGUAUCUUGGAUAUAAUAUUCGUUAAACAAGAAAAAGAUAAAAAAAUCAUGUCAGCAUUUAAAAAUGAUCUCGACUACGACGCAAAUUUCAUCAAAGUAAUGGUGAUCACCGGCUUAACGAACGAUAAAAUCGAUCUACCACCUACACUAUUGGGAACAAAACGACACGUAUUCGGAAGCAAUCUAGCAGGUCCAAAAAUACGCUACAAAACAACUACUCAAGAUGGAACUUCACGAACCGGUGUCGCCGUUCAAUUACCUCAAUCGGCUCAUCUCGCUUUAUACCUUCCAUAUACGAUAUUCGGUCUCGGUCGUACGCCUAAUUUCAUCGAAGACCUAACCAUCAGUUUAUUCAACAAAUCUCGAACGUGGAAUCAAAUUAUACCAAAUUCGCAGCUAAUCGUCGCCCCAAAAGGUGAACCGAGCCAAUGGACGGCUCAGUUAUUCGUCACCCCGAGUAAAAUUGUUCUACAAACGGUGGUUGCUCUUACUGGUACGUGUAUCGUUAUCGGUUGCAUUAUUGCCAUGUUACAUUGGAAGGAAAGAAAAGAAGAUCGAAUCGAAAGAUUACAAGAAGCUCAUCGGUUCCAUUUCGAUGCCAUGUAGUUCUCCCGAAUAAUUUUAUAUUUUAAAUGUUUUAUACGAAUUUUUACCUUGUUCUUGCGCAUGCAAGUAUUGUUCGAAAAGUACUUACCGUAUGUGUUUCGUUGCGAUUUGAUGUAACCCUCGAUGACCAAGUUCGUUUGGCUUCAUUUAUGAUUUUCUAGUACAUAUCGUCGGUGUUUUGAAAAAUUUACAUUCUUGAAAAUCCACGUGUUUGAAAGUGAACAUUUCAUUAUUUUCCCUCAUUUUAAAUUCAAUAUUGUUUUAAUUCAUGGACAUUUAUUUAUGGUUCUCUUGAACGAGAUCAAGCACAAUAUAUGAUAUAAUAUUGAUUUCAUCUGAUUGUAUUUUUCUUCUUACCUUGUUUGAAAUACAUAUGUGAUUACCUGUUAGUUUUAAAACUAGUCAUAAUGUUAAAUUGAAGUUUCAUUCCUUCUUAUUUUUAUUUUAUUAUUCUUUUUCUUCAUCGUUCUUGAUUGUUUGUUAUUUAAAUCGAAAAUAAACGACCAUUUCUGUAUUAUAGAUGUUGAUAUACAUUUUAAUUUUUUUUUUUCAAGAGUUACAUGUUUAUAACAUUUUAAGCGAUGUAAAAAUACCUGAAUGUUUUUUUUUGUAUUUAUUAAAUAAAUGCCUAAGUACAUGUA